AUGGUCCAUCUUGCGCCCGUCAAGAACGAUGACCAGGUCUUUGACCCUCAGUCUCGCGUAGUCGAUUCCCUCCCCGCACCUCAACCAGACGAGAAUGACUUCUACACCAAUGUUUACGGCAGCCACUUCGCGGUUGACCACCUACCUCAACAUGAGAUGCCAGAACGUGAAAUGCCCCGUCAGGUGGCUGCUCGUAUGAUCAAGGACGAGCUGAGCCUGGACGGAAACCCCAAGCUCAACCUCGCCAGUUUCUGUACAACAUACAUGGAAGACGAGAUUGAACAAAUCAUGACCGACUCGUUCAGCAAGAACUUCAUUGACUACGAAGAAUACCCGCACUCGGCUGAAAUUCAAAAUCGAUGCAUCAACAUGAUCGCCCGUCUCUUCAAUUGCCCCACCAACGUUCGCGAUGAGAACGCCAUGGGCACCUCUACCGUUGGUUCCUCGGAGGCAAUCAUGCUCGGCACCUUGGCCAUGAAAAGACGCUGGCAAAACAAGCGCAAGGCCGAGGGCAAGGACUACUCGCGACCCAACAUCAUCAUGAACAGUGCGGUUCAGGUGUGCUGGGAGAAAGCCGCCCGGUACUUUGAGGUUGAGGAGCGGUACGUCUACUGUACCGAGGAGCGCUAUGUCAUGGAUCCCAAGCAGGCCGUUGAUCUUGUGGACGAGAACACCAUCGGUAUCUGUGCGAUCAUCGGUACCACCUAUACUGGUGAGUAUGAGGAUGUCAAGGCCAUGAAUGACCUCCUCGUGGAGCGCGGCAUUGACUGCCCGAUUCACGUCGAUGCGGCCAGCGGUGGCUUCGUUGCCCCAUUCGUUGUGCCUGACAUGGAAUGGGACUUCCGCCUCGAGAAGGUGGUCUCUAUCAACGUUUCUGGACACAAAUAUGGUCUCGUCUACCCCGGUGUGGGUUGGGUGAUCUGGCGAUCCCCCGAGUUCCUUCCUCAGGAGCUCGUGUUCAACAUCAACUACCUGGGGGCUGACCAGGCCAGCUUUACCCUGAACUUCUCCAAGGGUGCUUCACAGGUGAUUGGGCAAUAUUACCAGCUCAUUCGUCUGGGCAAGCACGGCUACCGGUCAAUCAUGUCCAACCUCACCCGCAUCGCUGACUACAUGUCCGAUCAAUUGAAGGAGAUGGGCAUGGUUAUCAUGAGCAAGGGCCAUGGAAAUGGUCUGCCCCUGGUGGCAUUCCGCUUGCCUCCCAAGCAGGAGCGUGUCUGGGACGAGUUUGCGCUGGCGCAUCAGCUGCGGGAGCGUGGCUGGAUCGUCCCCGCCUACACCAUGGCACCCAACAGCAACCAGCUCAAGAUGAUGCGGAUUGUCGUGCGGGAAGACUUUAGCAUGACCCGAUGCGACAGUCUCUUGGCCGAUGUGAAGCUGGCUUUGCAGUCUCUCGAGGCGAUGGAUGCGUCCAUGGCGGAAAGGUACAAGACACACGUGCGCAAUCACCGUGAGCACCCACAUCACAAGCAGCGCUCCCACGGAGCAUACCAGAACGAGAAACACUCCCUCCAGGGCAAAGCUGGCAAGACGCACGGUGUCUGCUAA